UUUUGCUGCAACGUACUCGAUUUCACAGAAAACUCCGCAAUGAAAUACGCAGCCGCCGUCAUCGUAGCGUCAGCCGUGCUGACGGUAUGUGCAGUGUCACCACCGCGGCUGUUUCUAACACCAGCGUGGGCGGCACCUCCAAUCAACGUCACUCUGUUCUACGAGGGCCUCUGUCCCGCGUGCCAUCACUUCAUUCUGCAUCAACUCUGGCCAACCUACGGCAAGCUAGAAGACUACGUCUCCCUCGACCUGCUUCCAUUUGGCAACGCCCACAUGAAGGUCGACAAUGGCACUGUAACGUUCACUUGUCAGCACGGCAAGCAAGAAUGCUACGUGAACGAAGUCCAGACUUGCGCUGUCAAGUACGUGCACCCUACCAGAAAGCUUCUGGACCUCGUCACCUGCAUGUUCCAGUACCCUGAUCCCACGAUGGCGGGUGAGCCUUGCGCGCGGAAAGUGAACACAGACUGGCCCGUCCUGGACAAGUGCAGCAGAGGACCGGAGGGCACUCAGCUACUGUGGGCGAUGGGCAAUCGAACGCGCGGACAUCAACCGAACAUCGACUACGUUCCGUGGGUAGAGAUCAACGGCGUGCACAACGAAACGAUGGCCAAGCGAGCCAGCAAAGACUUGUUCGGCUUGCUCUGCGAGCUUCUCGGCCCACAUAAACCAUAUGUGUGCGAGAAUGCUGAAAUCAUGGAGAUGUACUGCUUAGCUUGAACCUUAAUUUCCAGACA